GUCUUCUGCCUCGCGGCUCGGAGUUACGGGGAUAACCUAUAAACAUAAUGUCUUUUGAUUCUGCUGCCAUACCCAUUGCUAUGCGCAGCGAAUUUCACCAAUUGCUCGAGCUAACAUGCGGAAUUUUCCCAUAGUUAAUAAGGCGCGGAAGCCGAAAUUUGAGCUUCACCUCACCAUCUAUGAUCUGAACAACGUGCCCCUCGUGGCUGGUACAUCCACGAUAAAAUGGCAUCUCCCAAACUCCAUGCAUAGCGAGCAUCGUGGCCGCACCGCAAAAUGCUCCAUCGACAAGAUCAACCACCGCGUCCUCUACAACUACUCCAAAAUAGUGCCUCUGCGCAUCUCUAUCGAUCGCGCCAACAACCUAACAGACUGCCCCAUCGAAUUCGAGAUUCUCCAGGAAUUCCCUUUAGCCACCGGUGGUCGCGACGAGAAGAUUCCCCUCGGCUACGUUCGUCUCAACUUAAGCGAAUAUGUUGAAGAAAGCGAGAAUAUCCCCCGACGGGGCCCACGCACCAGCGCCAGCCUCGACUACGCGCGGGCCGGACAGGGCCUAUCGCACCGGAGACAAAGCAGCAGCAGAUCCGCCAGCGGCGCUCCCGUCGUGGGUGGUUCUAGCCCGCCCAGCGCUCCUCACCCGGAGGAAAUCGACGUCGUAGACGACGAGGCGGAGGAGGGCAUCGUGCGGCGGUACCUGAUGCAGGACAGCAAGAUCAACAGUACACUAAAGAUCGGGAUCCUCAUGGUCCAAAUCGACGGCGAGCGAAACUACAUCGCGCCCGCGCUAAAGACGGCGCCCAUGUUCGGCGGCAUCGCCGGCAUCAUGACGGGCACCGGCAACGACCAGCAGAUCCAGGUCGAGGCUCCCUCCGAGGACGGCUCCCCACCUUCUAGUAGCAAGAACAAUAACCCACCCGGCGCCAACAGCCUCAGCAAAUCCCGCGACGCCUCCGAGCUCCAGGACAUGUACCGUCGCUCGCUAGCCGCGAGCUGGGCUUGCCAGCCUGGUGAGCUGCCCGCUGACGAGUGUAUCGAGGAUAUCUUUUCGGGCGGCGACGGCUGGAGUGAUACGACGCGGCCCGGCGCUAAGCCGCCUACUCGUAGGAGGAGCAGCCGUCAGUCUGUGGAUAGCAGUCACAGCAACACGAAUAGCAACAGCGGCAGCGCUAGCGGCGACGAAAAUCCCGCUGGUCUCGGCGGUAGCACCCUACGACCGAGCGAUAUCCGGCGCAUGCGCUCGCACGGGCACUCCCGAACGCACAGCGGUGGGAGCACGCACACGGUGAUGGGGAAUAUGAGCACUCACCUAGGCGGAGGUGGGCGCGGCCGUCGGGGUAGUGGCAGAUUGCUUAAAGACGAGAUGGCGCAUACCCACGACGGAGCCCACGAUAGUCCACCCAUUGGCGGUAGCGAUUCGGGAGGACUGCGCGGCCGCAGCGAGAGUCUGGCGAGCUUAACCCCGACGCUGGGGAGCGAUCGUGGGCGCGAGGGAUUCCGCCGGCAGAGGGAGGUGGAUGAAUAUGAGGAGAGGGAGGACUUGAUUGCUUGGGCUUUGCCGGGGACUGUUACGUAGGAACGCAGCAGCCCGAAAGGUAAGGGUGCGUAGUUGCCUGGGGAGGGGUCGUGUGGUACGUUGCGAAAAAGGUGGUGGUGGCUUGCUUGUUUGCCCUAUUUGCU